CUCAAUAGUUUAUGACGCUAAUCGUGAAUACGCUACGCAGUAAAUAGCAUAUUUCGUUUCUUAAUGUAUUUCUGUCAAGAACGCGAAUUUUGUUUCGGGAGUGCCGAUUAUGACGGGAGUAUCGAUUAUAACGGGAGUGUCUAAAAUCACAAACGAUUGCUGAAAAUAUUGUUGCAAAUGUUUGCUUUCGUUGAUUGUCAAUUUACAGAUUGCAACCGAUAUUCGUAUCGAAUAUAUUUUUCAAUAGAUGUAGUAUUUUGAAAAUUUAGCUUGUCGGAAUUAAAUCGAAUAAUACAUGAUUAUUGUCACGUGUCAAUUUUCAUGUGACCGGCAAUCAUCGUUCGUUUCAUUUGUUCUAUGUGAAUAUAUAAUGGCACGGGAUAUGUAAUGUGACAAUAAUUGGUUAUGUUGACACCGUUGACAUGUUGCAAAGUGAAUUUUAUCUUUCAUUAGUGUUUUAUGUGUCGCGGCGAAGUGAAUUCGUGAUGUAAAUCUGUGAUUUUCGCAUAAGUGCAGUGUUUUUAGUAGUGUGCGUGAACAAAUGUGCUUUCCAAUAUUUAUCUGCAUUCUCGAGCUAAUAUGAAGGAAUUUACGGCAGGACAACAGAGCAGACAACGGGGCAAACUGCAAUAUCCUGGCUGGAUGAGGAGGAGCGGCAUGAACAGGCGAGGAGUCGGCGACAACGGCGAAGGAGCACUGGUUCUGCUCUUCGUCGCAUUGACUCCUAUUAUCUGCUCCGCCGGAAUCCUGGACCCUUGGCAGUGGGCGCGCAGCGAUCGGAUCGAAGUCAACAUACCUUGGCUGCCUUUCGAGAAUGAGACGCGCUGCUACGACGAGCUGGGCUGCCUGAAUAUCACCAGGAGCUGGUACCACCUCAUUCAUCGACCCCUCAAUGUAUUCCCGUUGCCGCGCGAGGUCAUCAACACCAGAUUCAUCCUCUACACAAAUCAGAAUCCCUUGGACGGCCAAGUGUUAAAAGUGGCCAAGGACAAAUCCAUCGGGAGCUCAAACUUCAAUCCUAAGCGAAAAACUAAAUUUAUCAUACAUGGUUUUAUAGACACGCCGCUCAGCAAUUGGGUCAAGGAAAUGAGGAACGAGUUGUUGGUACACGGUGAUUACAACGUCAUCGUAGUCGAUUGGGCAGGCGGCAGUUUACCCUUGUACACACAAGCGACAGCCAACACAAGAUUGGUCGGACUCGAAGUGGCUAAUCUUAUUAAGCACUUGCAGACGAACUACCGCCUGGAUCUAAAUGAUGUGCACUUGAUUGGACACAGUCUCGGUGCGCACACAGCUGGUUACGCGGGCGAAAAAUUGGACGGUAACAUUGGUCGCAUCACCGGCUUGGACCCCGCGGAACCAUACUUUCAAGGAAUGCCGAGUCACCUUCGGCUGGAUUACACGGAUGCUCGAUUGGUGGACGUAAUUCACACCGACGGGAAGAGCAUCUUUUUUUUAGGCCUUCCAGGUUACGGGAUGAAUCAGCCGUGCGGACACCUGGACUUCUACCCGAACAACGGUAAGGAGCAGCCAGGCUGCACAGAUCUAAGCGAGACGACGCCGUCGCUGCCGCUGACUCUGAUACGCGAGGGCCUCGAGGAGGCCUCGCGCGUUCUGGUCGCCUGCAAUCACGUGCGCGCGCUUAAGCUCUUCAUCGAGAGCAUCAACUCCAAGUGUCAAUACGUCGCUCACGAGUGCUCGAGCUACGCGAGCUUCCUGCGGGGCGAAUGCUUCUCCUGCAAGAGCAACAAUAGCCUGAGCUGCGGCGUAAUGGGCUACCACGCAGACACCAGUCCGGCGCUGGUGAAGCGCCAGGCGAUGGGGCAGGACGUCUCGUCCUUGCUGGGCUCGAAAUUCUUCUUCAUGACCGGCAAGGAGGAUCCGUACUGCAGAAGACAUUACAGAAUCACCAUCAGCCUCGCCCGACCGCCGACUGCGGAGAGCUGGGUGCAGGGCUACAUGAAAGUCACUCUUCACGCCGACAAGGGCGUGAUACGCAACAUGGAUCUCACUCCCAGCGGUAAUAUGAGACUGGAGCACGGAUCGACGGUGCGGAUGGUCGUCGCCCAUCCGACCGGUUCCAUCGGCAAUAUCGGCAAAGUCAGGCGGAUCGAGCUCUCGUGGGAGUACGACAUGGACGUACUGCAACCUAGAUCGCUGUGCUUCUUCUGGUGCAACGACCGUUUGUAUGUCAACAGCGUCAGCGUGGACGCUAUGGAUCUUCCAGGCAGAGGAAAACGGGAGACGGAUUUCUCCAGCAAGCUCUGCUCGACCAGCAGGCAGGAGUACGCGGAGAUCGCGAGCGGGUCCACCGCCUCAUUCGUCGACAAUUGCUGACGAUCCGUUCCGCGGCAAGGAAGCGCAUUCAGGCGCGGGCCCCGCGUGCGGUAAUUACAAAACGCCGACAGCUGCUUCUACCCGGAGGCGUCUCUCGAAAGUUGGACGAUGAUGAAGCGAAGUGGAAGGAUCGCGGUCCGUCUCGUAAUCUCGUAAUUCCUUUCGCUGAUGAUAUAUGGCGGGAGAGGCGUUUUAUAUGUUUGGCUUUCUUCCUAUUUAUCGUGCGAGUGGUCCGUCGCUUUCUUCAAACAUAGUGUGGUGACGCGAACUGCUAAUUAUGCCUCGACGAGCUUCGUCCGCUUCGGCCGAACUCGCAUUUUGCGGACGACGAACUGAAAGUGCAAUUCGCCGCUUUGUAUUACAAUAUGCCUAAUCGAGUUCCUAGAGAUUUGUCCUGUCGAAGAUUGAAUUCUAAUCGCGUGAUGCGAUUUCGACGAUUGCGUAAGCAUUCAUAGAAAAUAAAAUUUUUUUGCGAUCAGACAUAGACCUCCAAGCGCGAGCACGCUUGUAACGAAAAAGCUUGAUUUUUCGCUGCUUUUUUGAUAACGUAACGAACACGAUUUCUUCAGUAUUAAUAUUAUCAUGUACAUUGUUGUAUAUAACGUUAGGCAUAUCGUUAAAGCUAAUUUCUUUUCAGAUGUGAUUAUCGCUAGAGCUUGUAAGAUCUUAUUAAACCGCCGAUCUAUGCAUUGUACAUCGAUCGUCUUUUUAUAUGAUGAUUGUUAUUAUUAUCAUAUUGUCUUUCGCUAUACACAGAUAAUGAUAAUAGCUUGUGAUAUUCUCUUAUAACUUAAGAAUCGGUGAAAAUGUAUAGAUUGUAGUGACACAACGACAAACUUAUAUAUUGCUAUUUGUUUAUAGUCUUUAUAAAUAAACUGUACAAAACAUAUAAUGGAAGGCAAUUUUUGUUAGUAACAAAAGUAUUCUGAAUUGUUUUAUAUCUAUCUGUGUAAAUUGUUGGAAAAUAAAGUUAUAAAUGCAGUAUAAUACCAUUACAGAAAAAUAAAGUCGGGAUACUUUC